AGGCUGCCCGUCGCACGCAGUCUUUCCCCUCGGCCGUGCUCGCCUGGCCAGCCUCAUCGCGCUCCUCCUUCUCCUCCUCCUCCUCCUCCCCGAGCAGCAGGUGGCGGCGGCGGCGGCGGCAGCGACGGCAGCGGCAGGCGCAAGAGAGUUAACCCCGUGGCCGCGACUGUGAGGGGAGCAGCUAGGCAGCGGCUGCGGGAAGAGAAGAGGCAGCAGCCGGGGACGGAGGGUGCAAGCUGUGGCGGCGGCGGCGGCGGCGGCAGCGGCGGGCAGUGGGUUGCUAGGGAUGGAGGGCGCCCGUGUCACCCGGAUGUGAGUGUCAUGUUGGCCCCAACUCGAAGAGGUUCGCAGGCGGCGGCGGCGGUGGCAGAGGGGAAGACCCAGCGGCGGCGGCGGCGGUGGUAGACCCAGCGAUCCCCAGCCUUCGCCUCUUGCCAGCCCGCACCACCACCAUCAUGAGGAGGACCGCCGGAUAGCGGGCGACCCCAGGUCAGGGAAAGGGCUGAGGCGAAGAUAGGGGGACCAUCCUCGCCCAACCCCGCUUCGGAACAGCAGAGGAAGGAGCGCGCCCGCGCCUCGGGGCUCCCCGAGAAAGUGACCAUGCUGCCCCAACAGCUGCUGCAGCAGCAGCAAUUCCCUGAAGAAGCAAGCUAUGCAAAUAGCACCAGAAUUCCUCUUCCUGGUGACAGCCCAGCACUCCAGCCGAACAAUUCAGCACCUACCAAGCAAACGGUGCUAUCUUGGCAAGCUGCAAUUGAUGCUGCUAGACAAGCUAAGGCUGCCCAAGGCAUGAGCACCACCCCAGGUCAACCUGUAGGAUCUCUGUCCCAAAGAAAGCGUCAGCAAUAUGCCAAGAGCAAAAAACAGGGUAAUACAUCUAAUAGUCGGCCAGCCCGUGCUCUUUUCUGUCUAUCCCUCAAUAACCCACUCCGAAGAGCCUGCAUUAGUAUAGUAGAAUGGAAACCGUUUGACAUAUUUAUAUUACUGGCUAUUUUUGCCAAUUGUGUGGCCUUAGCUGUUUACAUCCCAUUUCCAGAAGAUGAUUCUAAUUCAACAAACCAUGAUUUGGAAAAAGUAGAAUAUGCCUUCUUGAUUAUUUUUACAAUUGAAACCUUUUUGAAGAUUGUAGCAUAUGGAUUAUUAUUACAUCCCAACGCAUAUGUUAGAAAUGGAUGGAAUUUACUGGAUUUUGUAAUAGUUAUAGUAGGAUUGUUUAGUGUAAUUUUGGAACAAUUAACCAAAGAAACAGAAGGGGGUAGCCAUUCCGGUGGCAAACCAGGUGGUUUUGAUGUAAAAGCUCUAAGGGCCUUUCGUGUCCUGAGACCCCUCCGGCUUGUAUCAGGAGUGCCCAGUUUACAAGUUGUCCUGAAUUCAAUUAUAAAAGCCAUGGUCCCCUUGCUCCAUAUUGCCCUUUUGGUAUUAUUUGUAAUCAUAAUCUAUGCUAUUAUAGGAUUGGAACUUUUUAUUGGAAAAAUGCACAAAUCGUGUUAUUUUGAAGAUUCAGAAAUAUUAGUUGAAGAGGAACCUGCACCUUGUGCAUUCUCAGGGAGUGGACGUCAGUGUCCCCAAAAUGGCACUGAAUGUAAGGGCGGUUGGCCUGGACCAAAUGGAGGCAUAACAAACUUUGAUAAUUUUGGUUAUGCAAUGUUAACGGUAUUCCAGUGUAUAACCAUGGAAGGAUGGACAGAUGUGCUAUACUGGGUAAAUGAUGCAAUAGGAUGUGAGUGGCCAUGGAUCUAUUUUGUUAGUCUUAUCAUUCUGGGCUCAUUUUUCGUACUUAACCUGGUACUUGGUGUACUUAGUGGAGAGUUUUCCAAGGAAAGAGAAAAAGCCAAGGCCAGGGGAGAUUUUCAAAAGCUACGUGAAAAACAACAGCUAGAAGAAGACCUCAAAGGUUAUUUGGAUUGGAUUACCCAAGCAGAAGACAUUGACCCAGAGAAUGAAGAGGAAGGUGAUGGAGAAGGCAAACGAAAUACAAGCAUGCAAGCAAGUGAGACCGAAUCAGUGAAUACAGAAAAUGUGGCUGGUGAAGGAGAGACCACAUGCUGUGGAAAUUUGUGUCAAAUUAUCUCAAAAUCCAAGUUCAGCCGACGCUGGCGUCGAUGGAACCGUUUCAGUCGAAGACGAUGCAGAGCUGCUGUAAAAUCUGUUUCUUUUUAUUGGUUAGUCAUUGUCCUGGUCUUCCUAAACACAUUAACUAUCUCAUCUGAGCAUUAUAAUCAGCCUGACUGGCUAACAGAAAUACAAGAUAUUGCAAACAAAGUCCUUCUGGCUUUAUUCACCUGCGAAAUGUUAGUAAAAAUGUACAGUCUUGGGCUGCAGUCUUAUUUUGUGUCCCUUUUUAAUCGUUUUGACUGCUUUGUGGUCUGUGGCGGCAUUGUUGAAACCAUCCUGGUAGAGCUGCAAAUUAUGUCCCCUCUUGGAAUUUCAGUUUUCCGCUGUGUCCGUCUCCUCCGUAUUUUUAAAGUCACCAGGCACUGGACAUCCCUGAGCAACUUGGUAGCAUCCUUGUUAAACUCAAUGAAGUCCAUUGCUUCACUGUUGCUUCUGCUUUUCCUCUUCAUCAUAAUCUUCUCAUUGCUUGGAAUGCAGCUGUUUGGAGGCAAAUUUAAUUUUGAUGAAACUCAAACAAAACGGAGCACCUUCGAUAAUUUCCCACAAGCCCUUUUAACUGUAUUCCAGAUUCUAACAGGUGAAGAUUGGAAUGCUGUUAUGUAUGAUGGCAUUAUGGCAUAUGGAGGCCCAUCUUCAUCAGGAAUGGUAGUCUGUAUUUACUUCAUCAUCCUCUUCAUAUGUGGUAACUAUAUCCUGUUAAAUGUCUUCUUGGCUAUUGCGGUUGAUAACCUGGCAGAUGCUGAAAGUCUGAACACAGCUCAGAAAGAAGAAGCUGAAGAAAAGGAGAGAAAAAAGAGUGCCAGAAAAGAGAGUUUGGAUGCUAAAAAGGGGGACAAACCAGACGGUGAACCAAAGAAGUCCAAGGAUACUAAGGUUACAAUCAAUGAAUAUGGAGAAGAAGAAGAAGACAAAGAUCCGUAUCCAGCUUGUGAUAUCCCAGUAGGUGAAGAGGAGGAAGAGGAGGAAGAAGAAGAGCCAGAAGUUCCUGCAGGUCCCCGACCCCGAAGAAUAUCUGAACUUAAUAUGAAGGAGAAGAUGACACCAAUUCCUGAAGGCAGCUCCUUCUUUAUUUUCAGCACUACAAACCCGAUUCGAGUGGGUUGUCAUAGAUUAAUCAAUCACCAUAUUUUUACCAACCUCAUUCUUGUCUUCAUCAUGCUCAGCAGUGCUUCCCUUGCAGCUGAAGACCCUAUUCGCAGUCAUUCUUUUCGUAAUAAUAUACUUGGUUACUUUGACUAUGCUUUCACAGCCAUCUUUACUGUGGAAAUCCUUUUAAAGCUGACUGUGUUUGGAGCCUUCCUUCAUAAAGGGUCUUUCUGCAGGAAUUAUUUUAACUUGCUAGACUUGUUGGUAGUGGGUGUUUCCCUUGUGUCAUUUGGCAUUCAAUCAAGUGCUAUAUCAGUUGUGAAGAUUCUGAGAGUUUUAAGAGUCUUAAGACCAUUAAGGGCUAUUAACAGAGCAAAAGGACUUAAGCAUGUUGUUCAAUGUGUCUUUGUUGCCAUUCGAACUAUCGGUAAUAUCAUGAUCGUUACAACUCUACUCCAGUUCAUGUUUGCAUGUAUUGGUGUCCAGCUCUUUAAGGGAAAAUUCUAUCGAUGCACAGAUGAAGCAAAGCAAAAUCCUGUGGACUGCCGGGGAAUAUUUAUUGUUUAUAAAGAUGGAGAUAUGGACAGUCCAAUGGUGAGAGAGAGACAAUGGCAGAACAGCGAUUUCAACUUUGAUAAUGUCCUUACUGCUAUGAUGGCUCUUUUUACUGUUUCUACUUUUGAGGGCUGGCCUGCGCUUCUUUAUAAAGCUAUAGAUUCAAAUGGAGAGAAUGUAGGACCGGUCUACAAUUACAGAGUGGAAAUCUCUAUUUUUUUCAUCAUCUACAUCAUUAUUAUUGCUUUCUUCAUGAUGAACAUAUUUGUUGGCUUUGUCAUUGUCACAUUCCAAGAACAGGGAGAACAAGAAUACAAAAACUGUGAACUUGACAAAAAUCAGCGUCAGUGUGUAGAAUAUGCUUUGAAAGCCCGGCCGCUGCGUCGAUACAUUCCAAAAAAUCCUUACCAGUACAAAUUCUGGUAUAUGGUGAACUCUGCUGUCUUUGAAUAUAUCAUGUUUGUCCUCAUCAUGCUCAACACCCUUUGCUUGGCUAUGCAGCACUAUGGACAGUCUAAACUUUUUAAUGAUGCAAUGGAUAUUCUGAAUAUGGUGUUUACUGCAGUGUUUACUGUUGAAAUGGUUCUGAAACUCAUUGCAUUUAAACCGAAGAUUUGUGUGCCAAAAAAGAAAAGAUACCUAGGCUAUUUUAGUGAUGCCUGGAACUCGUUUGACUCCCUCGUCGUUCUUGGCAGCAUAGUAGACAUCGUUCUCAGUGAAGCCGAUCACUAUUUCACUGAUGCAUGGAACACUUUUGAUGCCUUAAUUGUUGUUGGUAGCGUCGUUGAUAUUGCUAUAACCGAAGUUAAUCCAAAGCCAAGUGAAACUGUCACAACUGAUGAAUCUGGGAACAGUGAAGACAGUGCUAGAAUCUCCAUCACAUUUUUCCGUCUGUUUCGAGUUAUGCGAUUAGUGAAGCUCCUCAGCAGGGGAGAAGGAAUCCGAACUUUAUUGUGGACAUUUAUUAAGUCAUUUCAGGCUCUGCCAUAUGUUGCCCUUCUGAUAGCUAUGUUGUUUUUCAUCUAUGCGGUUAUUGGAAUGCAGGUAUUUGGCAAAGUUGCUCUGAAAGAUGGCAAUCAAAUUAACAGGAACAACAACUUUCAAACCUUCCCCCAAGCGGUGCUUCUUCUCUUCCGGUGUGCUACAGGAGAGGCUUGGCAAGACAUCAUGCUAGCUUGCAUGCCAGGAAAACGUUGUGAUCCAGAGUCUGAUUAUAGCCCUGGAGAAGAAUACACAUGUGGGAGCAAUUUUGCUAUUAUUUAUUUCAUCAGUUUCUAUAUGUUAUGUGCUUUUUUGAUUAUCAAUCUUUUUGUGGCUGUCAUCAUGGACAACUUCGAUUAUCUGACACGUGAUUGGUCUAUCCUUGGUCCACAUCAUCUGGAUGAAUUUAAAAGAAUAUGGUCAGAAUAUGAUCCUGAAGCAAAAGGGAGAAUAAAACACCUUGAUGUUGUUACUUUAUUGCGACGCAUCCAGCCUCCCCUUGGUUUUGGGAAGUUAUGUCCUCACAGAGUAGCCUGCAAGAGGUUGGUAGCCAUGAACAUGCCCCUAAACAGUGAUGGAACAGUUAUGUUUAAUGCUACUCUAUUUGCUUUAGUAAGAACAGCCUUGAAAAUCAAAACUGAAGGAAAUUUAGAGCAAGCAAAUGAAGAACUCAGGGCAGUCAUAAAGAAAAUUUGGAAGAAAACUAGUAUGAAGCUCCUGGACCAAGUUGUUCCUCCUGCUGGUGAUGAUGAGGUAACCGUGGGGAAGUUCUAUGCCACCUUUCUGAUACAGGACUACUUUAGGAAAUUCAAGAAACGGAAAGAACAAGGACUGGUGGGAAAAUACCCUGCAAAGAACACCACCGUUGCAUUACAGGCUGGGCUUAGAACACUUCAUGAUAUUGGACCUGAAAUUCGGCGAGCUAUCUCCUGUGAUUUGCAAGAGGAUGAACCAGAACAAAAUCAUCAUGAGGAGGAAGAAGUAUAUAAAAGAAAUGGUGCCCUGUUUGGAAACCAUAUCAAUCAUGUUAGCACUGAUACAAGGGAUUCAUUUCAACAGAUCAAUACUACCCAUCGCCCCCUGCAUGUGCAAAGGCCACUGGUUUCGUGUAUGGUGGACACGAAUGAGAAAAAUGUGCAUCCACCAACAGGAAACUCUUUAUUCCAUAAUCAUCAUAGCCAUCACAACCACAACUCAGUAGGGAAGCAAGUUCCAAACUCCACAAACGCUAACCUUAAUAAUGCCAACAUGUCCAAGAUGGUAAACAGAAAACAUGCAAGCACUGGAAGUCAUGAACAUAUGUUGGAAACUGGGAGCCAUUCAUACUCCAGAAAAGAUCACCGUGAACAACGUAGACGAUCAUCCAAAAAGAGUAGAGGUCGUUAUUAUGAAACUUACAUUAGAUCAGAAUCGGGUGAUAGACAUUUACCUACAAUUUGCCGAGAAGAGCAUGAAAUUAGAGAUUAUUAUAAUGAUGAUUGCUACCUAGAUGAUCAGGAAUAUUUUAGUGGUGAUGAGUAUUAUGAAGAAGACAGUAUGUUGUCAGGAAACUGGCAUUCUCACGACUACCAUAGCACAUAUCAUUGUAAUGAUUUAGAUUUUGAACGGCCAAAGGGUUAUCAUCACCCACAUGGUUUUUUUGAGGAAGAUGACUCACCCGUGUAUUAUGAUUCCAAAAGAUCUCCUAGGAGACGGCUGCUACCUCCAACACCUACAUCCAAUCGCCGCUCUUCCUUUAAUUUUGAAUGCCUCCGCAGGCAGAGCAGUCAUGAUGAAUUACCACCUUCCCCUACCUUUCAUCAACGCACUGCUUUACCUCUGCAUUUAAUGCAACAGCAGGUCAUGGCAGUUGCAGGUCUGGAUGCCACUAAAGUGCAUAGGCAUUCUCCAAGUCGCUCAACACGUUCCUGGGCUACACCACCCAACCGGGACCGCACUCUUUAUUAUACACCUCUUAUACAAGUUGAUCAACCAGAUUCUACAGAAUAUAUGAAUGGUAGUCUGCCGUCUUUGCAUAGGAGCUCCUGGUAUACCGAUGACCCUGAUAUUGCAUAUCGGACAUUUACACCAGCUAAUUUGACUGUACCAAGUGACUUUAGGCAUAAGUAUAGUGACAAGCAGAGAAGCGCCGACAGUUUGGUAGAAGCGGUGCUUAUAUCUGAAGGAUUAGGACACUAUGCAAGGGACCCAAAGUUUGUUUCUGCAACAAAACAUGAGAUUGCAGAUGCUUGUGACAUGACUAUUGAUGAGAUGGAAAGUGCUGCAAGCCACCUUCUCAAUGGAGACAUUAGCAAUGGAACUAACGGUGACAUGUUCCCUAUUUUAAAUAGACAAGAUUACGAACUUCAAGAAUUUGGUCCUGGCUUUAGUGAUGAAGAGCCGGAUACUGGAAAAUAUGAAGAAGACUUAUCUGAUGAAAUGAUAUGCAUUACAACCUUAUAGUAUUUAGUGAGGGGAAAAAAUGUUUGAUUUUAAACAAACAGAAGUGCCUCCUAGUUCUAUGAUGCUAGGCACUAGUUGGAAUCAAUAAGGAAUCAAGCUUUGCAUGAGUGAUGAUAUUGUCAUGUUGUGAGGAAGCCAUACUUUUAUUUAUUAGUACGUGUUUCCAGUAUGAUGAAUCAGGAUUUGAAUGAUUUCUUCAAGGCCUUUGCUACAGAGUCGCGAGCUCAUCAGGGAAUGAAGGCGGAUCUUUAGAACCAAGAAGAUUCUAACCCGUUUGUGUUAAAACAAAAACAGAGAAAGUGGAAAGAUUGCUGUCUUCCAAUUGUGUUCUGCUGCCUUCCAGGGUGUUCACAAUGCUCAGUGGAAAAAAGAUUGGCACUUUUAACAAGGUCUUCAGAAGACUGUGGUGAUGACAAUCAAAGAUGUCAUUACCUCUGAUCACAAAGCAUAUCAGAAAUCCACUGCAUUCAGCAUAUCCACUCAGAUAUAUUAUUUUAAAAUUUGCUUAUUAUUUUUUUUUGAAAAAGUUCCUUAAUACAUUUUAUCAAACUCUUUUUUCCAAGAGAUUGUUUCAUCCGCUGCUGAAAGCGUUUUUCUCAUAUGUAACAGCAGUUUACAUAGUAAAAUAUCAUUAAAAAUAGUCUGUUUUAUGACUAUCAUAUCAAGGGCAAAAUACACUGGAAUAUUUGCAUUUUUACUAAUGCACUUGCAACCAGGUUAACGUAGAGUUAGAUAGGACAGUUUGUUAAAAACUAUAUAGCAGAGAUUAUUGUAAAUAAAUUCUAAUCUACCAUAAUUUGUAUUUGUAAAGAGAUGUUCUAUAUUUUGUAAUUAUUGUACCGUAAUUGAACCGCAGCAAUAUUUAUGGAGCCUCAUUAUUGUAAUUCUUCACUGAAUUCUAAAUAGAAGUAUUUUUACUUGGACUGUAUAGCACUAUAGAGUUAAAUAUUUAAAUAGAGCCACCUUCAUUAUAAAAUGUUUUUGAAGUAAAGAUUUAAAAAAAAACUUGAUGCAACAGAGAUUUUAUAAAAUAUUUUCAGUCAAUUGGAUUCUCACUUUACAAUGUUAAGAUAUAGAAAAUGAGUAAUUACAAUCUUGUAUUUGGAAAGCUAUUAUUUGGAAUCUGCUGUCUUUUUGACAGAAAACAAACUGUGGAUUUAUUUAUCUCUACGACAACUCUUGCAAUAACAGCUAGAAACAAGAAUAAUCAAAAAAGCUAUCCGUUUGGCAAGGUUUUACUUUUACUUUGAAAUAAACAUAGAUUGAUGUUUCAAUCCUACAUCAUUUUCCUGAUACAAAGUCCUAUUGUAGAAAAUGGGAUUUCUUAAUGAAGAUGCAUAGGAUCGAACCACCAUGAGCAUUCUUCUUGGUAGAGAUUUCCUACAUAGAUAUAAUUUACAAGAUGGAUAGUUAACAAGUUACACAGCUUGAAGUGGAAUGUAUGAUGAUGAUGAUGAUUUACAUAACCAAAACAUUCCUAAACUGGUGAGAAUAUGGCAUGGUUGACAAACUUUUUGAUGUUCUACAUGUAAUGUUUCAGGAUUUGUUUUUAUGCAAUCAAAGGAGGGCUUCAAUGUUGUUUGUGAUGCAGUAAAAUCCCGAUACUGAAGAUAAUAUGAUUUUGGAGAUCAAUAAAUAUCAAAGGUUUAUUUUAUUAACAUUGGAUAAAUGGACUUGUUCUGCCAAGCAACUUUAUCAGGGUUAUCUGUAUUAACAAAAUAAGUAGCAAUUGUCACGUUUCAAAAGUGUGACAUACACAGCUAAGAUUAAUAUAAACAUUUUUGUACACAGUGGCAAUUUGCUAUGAAUACCUUACAAACCUCUUCUUUCAAAUGUCAGGAGAGAAUUUAAAGGUUUGUACAUUAUUUCUUGACCUACAUCAUUUUGUAUGAAAAUAAAUGCAAAAUGUUACUGAGAAUAAAAUUGUGUAAUAAAGUUA